AUGGGUAUAGAAGACAAGAAUGCCGUGGAGGUUUCUGCUAGCCAGAAAGAAUCACCGACAAACAGCACCAUAGAUGCCUCUGAUACGGAAGUGCAACAAAGCAAAUCCCAUAAUGGAGGGACAUUCCAGGUCAGAGAGGGCCGCCACUUCUACAGGCCAAUCGACAGCUAUGAAGGAAUUCAUCGUUGGGAUCCUGAUUUUGAAUGGACUGAGAAGGAAGAAAGACGAAUUGUUCGAAAGAUUGACGCUCGAGUGUGCACAUUUGCCUGUGUUACAUUUUUUGCCCUUCAACUGGAUCGAGGGAAUAUCAGCCAGGCCCUUGCGAGUACCCUCUUGAAGGAUCUUAAAAUGACCACCAACGAUUAUAAUUUAGGCCAGACAAUCUUCUUGGUCUGCUUCUUGUUAGCGGAAAUGCCCUCUCAGCUGCUCUCCAAGAGACUAGGUCCUGAUCGCUGGAUUCCUAUGCAAAUGAUCGCAUGGAGCUUAGUAGCAGCCUGCCAAGCAUUUUUGAAAGGCCGGGGUGCCUAUUUUGCCUGUCGCGCAUUGUUGGGGCUCUUAGAGGGAGGCUUUAUUCCCGAUACAAUUCUUUUCUUGUCAUUCUUCUAUAAAUCAAGCGAGCUUCCAAAGCGAUUAGCCUGUUUCUGGAUUUCUUACUCACUCACUGGUAUUAUCGGUGCAUUCUUGGCCUUUGGUUUCCUCCACAUAACCGAUUCCAGUGGAGGGGGUUCGUGGCGCUAUUUAUUUGCAUACGAAGGGCUGAUUACUGGGAUCAUUGGGAUUAUCGCUGCAUUCUGGAUGCCUGCCUCCCCUGUGCAGACUAAGGGAGGCCUCCGUGGAAAGGAUGGCUGGUUCACAGAAUAUGAAGAAAAGGUGAUCGUUAACAGAGUGAUCCGUGAUGACCCUAGCAAAGGGAGUAUGCAUAAUCGCCAAGCGGUUACACCGAAGUUGCUGUGGCACUCCCUGAAAGACUAUCAUAUGUGGCCAAUAUAUGCACUCGGAUUGAUUUGGAUGAUUCCGUCUACACCCGCAACAAAUUAUAUUACUCUGCAGCUUCGAUCUCAGGGAUUCACAACUUUCCAGACCAAUCUAUUGAUAAUCCCAGCAGCAGUUGUGGGCAUUCUCAAUAUGAUAGUCAUAACUUGGGCUGCAGAGAGAUCAAAUCAGCGACUGCUCUGUGGUGCUGGGGUAGAGGUUUGGAAUUUGGCCUUACUCAUUGCACUCGAACUGCUUCCUGAGCGAAGUAUGCCCUGGCCCCGAUGGGCCAUCCUUACGCUUCUUGUUGGAACACCAAGCAUUCAUCCCGUGGUAGUCGCGUUGACUUCGCGCAAUGCAGGCUCUGUACGGACACGAACUGUGGCUUCUGCAUUAUAUAACAUGUCUGUGCAACUGAGUGCUAUCGCUGGGGCUAAUGUCUAUCAAUCACAUGAUUCUCCAUACUACAGACACGGUAACAAGGUUCUCAUUGCUCUCGCUGUUGUCAGUCUAUUCUUGUUUGUUGCAGCCAAGUUCUACUAUGAUUGGUGGAACAGAUACAAUGCAUCUAAAUGGGACGCAAUGACUAGUACGGAGAGAGAGGCAUAUCUGCGAGAGAAUCCAGUGCUAACCAAUAAAAGGUAUGUCGGAUUGAUUUUCGUUUUGCACGAUAAU